AUGUCGACAGCAACGAAUCCGGACCCGGGCCUAAGCGCCCCGGCCUUCAUCCCGCUCGAGGCGAACCCAGAGCUGAUGACGUCUCUCCUGCGAAAGCUCGGUCUAAGCAGCGCGCUCCAAGUCCACGACGUCUACAGCAUCACAGAGCCCGAGCUGCUCGCAUUCAUCCCGCGGCCCGCGCUGGCGCUGCUCCUCGUGUUCCCCGUGAGCGCGACCUACGAGUCUUCUCGGCUGGCCGAGGACGCCGGCGUGCCCGAGUAUACGGGGAAGGGACCUGACGAGCCCGUCGUGUGGUGGAAGCAGACGAUCCGGAAUGCAUGUGGACUGAUGGGUCUGCUCCACGCUGUGUCGAAUGGUCCAGCUAGGGGCUUCAUCGAACAAGACACGCCGCUCUCAACCCUUCUCUCGCAAUCCAUCACCCUCGCACCCGGCGAGCGCUCCGCCCUCCUAGAGAAGACGCCAGCCCUCGCAUCCGCGCACCAAGAGGCCGCGAGCCAAGGACAGACCGUCGCGCCCGACGCCCAGGACGACGUGGACCUGCACUACGUGUGCUUCGUGAAGACAGACGACGGCACGCUAUGGGAGCUCGAUGGCCGGCGCAAGGGUCCCAUAGCGCGGGGCCAGCUGGCUGCCGACGAGGACGUCCUCUCCGACAAGGCUCUGUUAUGGGGUCCCCUGAAGUUCCUCGAGCGCGGGGGCGGAGACAUGCGGUUCUCGUGUGUCGCGCUCGCAGGGUCGCUGGAUUAA